AUGGUGGAGAUGCACAGAGUGCCCAUGUCUCCUCUCACUUCUGUUCCUUGUUGUGGCCACCUCAAGUUCCAGCCAGAGCUGCUCACCGCUCUCAUCUGUGGCUUCAUCAUCAAGCUGAGAAACUGCCUGCAUGACGACGGCUUCCUGCGACAGCUCUACACCAUCGGGCUGCUCGCCCAGUUUGAGAGCCUGCUGAGCACCUAUGGUGAGGAGCUGGCCAUGCUGGAGGACAUGAGCCUUGGAAUCAUGGACUUGAGGAACGUGACCUUCAAAGUCACUCAGGCCACUUCCAACGCAUCAACUGACAUGCUGCCUGUCAUCACAGGAAAUCGGGAUGGGUUUAACGUGCGGAUCCCUCUGCCAGGCCCCCUUUUUGACACCCUGCCCCGGGAGAUCCAGAGUGGCAUGCUGCUUCGGGUGCAGCCCGUCCUCUUCAACGUGGGCAUCAACGAGCAGCAGACGCUGGCUGAGAGGUUUGGCGACACGUCUUUACAAGAAGUUAUCAACAUGGAGAGUUUGGUGCGGUUAAAUUCCUACUUCGAGCAGUUUAAGGAAGUUUUGCCUGAGGAUUGCUUGCCUCGCUCCCGGAGCCAGACCUGCCUGCCAGAGCUGCUGCGGUUCCUGGGCCAGAACGUCCACGCCAGGAAGAGCAAGAACGUGGACAUCCUCUGGCAGGCCGCUGAGAUCUGCCGCCGCCUUAACGGGGUCCGGUUCACCAGUUGCAAGAGCGCCAAGGACCGCACGGCCAUGUCGGUGACGCUGGAGCAGUGCCUGAUCCUGCAGCAUGAGCACGGCAUGGCCCCGCAGGUCUUCACCCAGGCCCUGGAGUGCAUGCGCAGUGAGGGUUGUCGAAGAGAAAAUACAAUGAAGAAUGUUGGAAGUCGCAAAUAUGCAUUUAAUUCCCUGCAGCUGAAGGCUUUCCCCAAGCAUUACAGGCCUCCCGAAGGGACUUACGGCAAGGUUGAAACUUGAACACAUGGUGUCCUCUAAUUAGCUGUUAUGUAACAAACGUGGGUACCCUCUAGUGUCAUAUAUGAAUUCUUCAAGAAGACCUGAAGGAUUGGUUUUUACUUUUGUGUUUUUAAAAAUAUUUACUAAAGAGUCUAUGGAGCAUGUUUUUUAUUCCGUUGGAAUCAGUAGGACGUAAUGUUUGGCUCAAUAGUGUGGAUAGUCACAACUGCCCAUUAAAACCACCUGCAGCCAGAACCACACAGUUAGGUGUCAUCAGUAGUCACCUGUAGGAAUCACCCUACGUGGGGCUGAAAUGCUAAGACUUUAAAAAUGCCCACUUAGGCAGCUGCUCACUUAUUUUUCUACUGAGUAACUGAAAAUUGAGCAUCAGGUUACAAUCUACUUUUUAAAAACAUGAAUGUAAAACAGUAAGUAGAAAACAGUUGGAUCCUGGACAGACCAAUAAGUGUCAAUUGUUAAUUCAAGUUUUGGGGAAGAAGCUAGCUCUGGCUCCCGCAAUGAAAGCGGGUGGUUCUAAUGAAUUUACCCUGUGGUAGCACAGGUGGAGCCCAAAUCGAAGGUUGAGAAAUAGCCCAAGACAGACUAUUAGAAGAUAACACCUGCAAAGGCACUCUCACAAUGGGGCCUCUUCUGUCCCUUUUGGGUUCUAGAGCAGGGUGUGUGCUUGAGAGUGAGAAGCCAGCCGCUUCCUGUUCUCUUAAUCUCCGUGUCUGGUCCCACCCUGCCCAGGGUGCACGUCCCGUCUCCUCUGGGUGUUGAGUUCCGGGGCUCCAGCACCUCUCAGCAGUGGGGAUUUAUGUGUGUAGAUGGUGGAAGCCUAAAUCCUUUCAGAGCAGACAUCCUUUUGUGGGUUUCCCAAUUGUCUUCUAAAAGGCAGUACAAUCAUGUUUGAAUGUCUGAUGAAAGUAUCUUUUAAGUUUGCAAUAAUUGUUACUACCCUCUUCUCAUUCUGUUAUGUAAGGUGACUAUUGAGAAAGUUGAAAUUAGCUCCUAAAAUGAGAUUUUGAAAGGGAUUAAUGGGCCAUAAAACUUAGGGAUUUCAUAGAAAAUGAUGUCUGGUCAUCUAUUAUAAGAUGAUGAGUCUUAUCUGCACAUAGCAGAGUUUUUUCCUUAGUUUAUAUGUUUUAUCAAUUGUUUAUUAUGAUGAUUUUGUUUAUAUGUUAUUUAAAAAGCUGUAAAAGAAAUCUUUGUGGCACGUUCAUGAUGUUGAUCCUCAUGAUUGGUGCACCCUUAGGAAAUUCCCAUGUCUAAGGUUCUGGGUCGUAUUCUUUGGGCUCCUUUAGAAAUGCCACUUGGAAACGUGUAACAAACUUGGGCCUGGGAAGCUGAGGCACAGGCGAGACCACCCAUGGCAGGGACACAGAGGGGUGAGCAGCAGUAAGGGUGGAACCCGAUGGCCUUCCAGAUCUCUUCCCACUCAGAAGUCAGUGUGCAGACAGAGGCUGCUGCCUCCUCAGGCCCGAUGGAAGGAACGUUUCCACCGGUGAGUGGGAACUGGUGUGAAGGACACGUCAGUGAGGGGCCGUUGCAGCUCACGUCUCUGUCGAAGCUGGGUUCACUGGAGGGUGGCGGCAGAGAAGCCACGUCCACCAAGCCCACUGCAGAGGUGGCAGCAGCUGGGCCAGGGUCUCUUGUGCCGACCCCUGUUCAGAGUUCCCAGUAUGGCUGGUUUAGCCGUUUACCUCUCCACCAUUUCAUCUACUUUGUCAUUUUUCUAGUAUCUUUUAUAUUUCCAUCUUUUUUCAUUUUAACAUCACUACCUUUUAAAAUAUCCCCUUGUCUUUUUAAAUGAAAUGCCAUCCAUAUUGUUUUCAGAGGUUUUUUUUGUCUUUAUGAGCAUUACAUACCUGCAUUUAUCAAAAGGGAAACUAGCAAAUGUUAAGUCAACUGUUAGCAGUUUUGCAUGUGACACCUUUUUGUGAAUUAUUUUCCCAAAUUUAGCUUCAUAUUACGCACCACCACAAAACUCUUAAGACUUGGCUAAUCAUGUAGAAAAAAUUCAGGUUCGAGCAUCCCAUCUGAGCACUGCUGCCAGGCUCCCGUGUGACCAGCCUCCCUGGCAUCACACGCUUACCCUGCUUGCUGAGCAAGGCACGUUGUCGCGAGCAGUGUGUGGCCAGCAGCUCCUGGGAUGGGAAGGACCUUUGAGUUUCCAGUUGCACAAGCAAGGCAGCCUUGCAGGUUACCCUAAAACAGAGGUUCCAUCCAGUAUUCCUUCUGUGACCCCCCCACUGAACGCAAAACAUUUAAACACUGAAAACCUGGGAUGUGCUGUGGGUUGUCAGAGCACUUGCAGCACAGUUGCCUUUGGUUUCCUUUAAAACAUACAAAUAUUGUAUAAGACAGUUUUGUCCCUAUACAGUUGUACUUGCCAAGCUUAGUGCACUAAAGAACUUUUAUUUAUUUGUUUUGGCCAGUAUUACUAUAUAUAAACAUGUAGUUGCUGUUUUAUAAAUUCUUAGCUCAUUCAAAGCCAUGUAUGCUGUAAAUGUGCUAGUCUUUAGAUGAUGAAUAAUAAACUGACAAGAACAUUGCA